AUGUCCCUGCAGGUGCGGAACCUCUUGGGUGUCAGCCAUGUGGUGACAGAGGCGAGCCUAGGCCAACGGCCCCUACCGGUGGGGAGGCAGCCGGCUGAGCACACUGCAGCUUGGGCAUAUGAGUCUGACGGGUCUUGGAAGGGCGGAAAGUCCAAGGGUGUGCCAGAGCAUUACAGCUACGAGUUGAUGGACUGGUCCUGGAAGGGCGGCGGAAAGUCCGCGGGUGGAAAGCCAUCAGAGCACUACUUGGACUGGUCCUGGAAGGGUGGCGGAAAGUCCCAGCCGGAAAGCCCUCGGAGCACCACGAGUUGGACUUGUCAUGGAAGGGCGGAAAGUCUGCAGCUGGAAAAUGGACCCAAGGUCUUCGACGAGGAGCCACAGUACAACUACGGACCGGGGCCGACGGUGACAGAGGUCUUCGAUGAGCCACUGCCACACUACAGGGCGGGGCCAACGGUGACGGAGGUCUUCGAUGAGCCACACUACGGGGCGGGGCCAAGGGUGACGGAGAUCACGGAG